AUGUCACAGUCCGAGCAGCGCAUGCGCGAGACGUUACAAGAACUACCCAGUGGCCUUCUUGGGUCGGGCUCCGUGCCAGAGACCCAGCAGCAGAGCUUGCCAGAGACCCAGCAGCAGAGCUCGCUAGGGCAGCAAGCAGUUGAAGCAAAAAAUGCACAGAAGACAGAGCUUCAGGGGAGGCAAACGUCGGGCAAGUACACUUUGAAUGACUUCCACAUCUUGAGGACGCUGGGGACCGGCUCGUUUGGGCGCGUGCACCUGGUGCGGUCGAACCACAACGGGCGUUUCUACGCGAUGAAGGUGCUUAAAAAGCGCACCAUCGUCAAGCUGAAGCAGGUUGAGCAUACAAACGACGAGAGGCGCAUGCUUUCGAUUGUCUCGCACCCCUUUAUCAUCCGCAUGUGGGGUACGUUCCAAGACGCCGAACAGGUUUUCAUGAUCAUGGACUACAUAGAGGGUGGCGAGCUUUUCUCACUGCUGCGCAAGUCUCAGCGGUUCCCCAAUCCAGUCGCCAAGUUCUACGCGGCCGAGGUCUGCCUGGCCCUCGAAUACCUGCAUGCGCACGAGAUUAUCUAUCGUGACCUAAAGCCCGAAAACGUGCUUCUCGACAAAAACGGGCACGUCAAGAUCACAGACUUCGGCUUCGCCAAGUACGUACCGGACGUCACCUUCACGCUGUGUGGCACGCCAGACUACAUCGCUCCUGAAGUCGUGAGCACCAAGCCCUACAACAAAUCCGUCGACUGGUGGAGUUUCGGCAUACUUAUAUUCGAGAUGCUGGCUGGCUACACGCCGUUCUACGACUCAAACACCAUGAAGACCUAUGAAAACAUUCUUAACGCCCAGCUACAGUUUCCGCCCUUCUUCCAUGCAGACGUGCAAGACCUCCUGAGCCAGCUCAUUACGAGAGACCUGAGUAAGCGACUCGGUAACUUGCAAAAUGGAAGUGAGGACGUUAAAAACCACCCGUGGUUCAGUGAAGUCGUAUGGGAGAAACUGCUGUGCAGAAACAUCGAAACACCAUACGAACCUCCCGUGCAUGCAGGCCAGGGCGACACUUCGCAGUAUGAUAGAUAUCCCGAGGAAGAGAACUCGUAUGGUGCGGAGGGAGAUGACCCUCACCACGACCUCUUUGCAGAGUUCUAG